ACAACAAACAGUUCAAGAAUAAUCUCUGUUGAAUGCGAGAUACACACAACUAUUUGAAUGAUUUCGUUAAUUGCGUCGUUGGUUUACAAUGAAUGUGUCAAACAAACCUCAAGGGAUUUAGCAACACCCAUUGACGAGUAUUUCGUUAUUUCAUCUAAACCCCCAAAAACUCAUAAAACAACUGGAAGCACGUGAGCUGUCCUACUACGUCAUCGUAAACAUCAGCUGCGGCAGCGACAUGGCGACUUCUGCGGGCUUCAAGGUUCUGUAUGAGCAUGAUGGAGUUUUUAUACACACCAACCCAGAAAGGAGUGAGGAGCAGGAUUCUCUCACUUCAGGAUCCCUGCGUAUCCUAGACCGGGAUGGAGACAUAGUGCUGGAUUAUAAACCCAUGGAAGAUGUUGACCACUCUGCCAUGCUGUGUGCUGCCAAGGAGUUUAGCUCUGUGUUUGAAUGGGGCCAGCGGCGCCAGGGUCAGAGCCAAGCCACAGGAGACAAGCCUCCCAGGCAGGUGGAGCACCAGCUGAGCUGUGAGACAGAGUGGGACAUGGUUCACACUGUCCAGUUCAGGAAGAAACCCAGCAACAAUGGAGGAGGUGCUCCUCCUAACCCCGCUCCCACCCCAGAGAAGAGUAAAGGGUCCCGGCUGUUCUUCAGUCUCAGUGACCUGGCCUCGGUCAGGGUGAGGGAGGAGGGAUGGUCCUACCUGGUGUUCACCCUCAGAGACCGCAACAUGGGGGUUGAGCUGCCUGCCCUGCACUUUCACCAGGGGGGUAGUGAAGGCUUCCUGGACUGUCUCAGGAAAUACCUGCUGCUGACAGAGUCUACCACUGAUACCUCCCUCCUCCAGGUCAGCCCCCACAGCAGAGCUAUGUCCCAGUCCUUUGAGAACCUGCUAGAUGAUGCCACCUUCGGACUUAUUACGAGGUUUACUCAGGACCCAGUCACCGCUACGCUGGGAGGUUUCUCCAAGGUGACCAACUACCUGUUUGAUGCGUUCCGGGGUCCAGACACGGAGCUACUGCAGCAGAGGCCUGUCGGGGAGGUGGCUGACCCGCUGAAUGAGGUCAUACCUGGGCUGGACAUCAACCAGCAGGAGGAACCUGGCUUUGAGGUCAUCACCAGGAUUGAUCUUGGCGUGCGGCCAGCGGUCCGGCGUAGGGAGCCUGUUGGGGCGGAGGAGUGGAACACCAACAUGGACCCUGAGGGACGCAUGAGGAACGUCUCACACCUCAAACAGACCAUAUUCAAAGGGGGUCUGUGUCAUGUGUUGAGGAAGGAGGGAUGGAAGUUUCUGCUGGGCUACUUCCCCUGGGAGAGCACCUCGGAGGAGAGGAGGAGUCUGACCAGGAGGAAAACGGAUGAGUACUUCCGUAUGAAGCUCCAGUGGAAGUCAGUGAGUGAGGAGCAAGAGAAACGCAACAGCAGGUUAAGAGACCACAGGAGUCUUAUAGAGAAAGACGUGAACAGGACGGAUCGGACCAACACGUUCUAUGAAGGAGCAGACAGCCCAGGACUGAUUCUGCUGCACGACGUCCUCAUGACCUACUGCAUGUAUGACUUUGACCUGGGCUAUGUCCAGGGUAUGAGUGACCUGCUGUCUCCUAUUCUCUAUGUGAUGGAGAACGAGGUGGACGCCUUCUGGUGCUUUGUCUGCUUCAUGGACCAGAUGCACCAGAACUUUGAGGAGCAGAUGCAGGGUAUGAAGACUCAGCUGAUCCAGCUCAGCACUCUGCUACGACUACUGGACCUGUCUUUCUGGAACUUCCUGGGGGCCCAGGACUCCGGUCACCUGUAUUUCUGCUUCCGCUGGCUCCUGAUUCGCUUCAAGAGAGAACUGAGUUACCCUGACGUCCUGCGUCUAUGGGAAGUCAUGUGGACUGGACUGCCGUGCCAGAACUUCCACCUGCUGGUGUGCUGUGCCAUCCUGGACUCAGAGAAACACAAGAUCAUGGAGGAACAAUACGGCUUCAAUGAGAUCCUCAAGCACAUAAAUGAACUGCCGAUGAAACUGGACAUCGGGGCCAUCCUCAAGAAAGCUGAAGCCUUAUGCCUGCAGCUGAAGAGUUGUAAGGACUUGCCCGACUCAGUGGUUGAGAUCCUUGGAUUCAACAGCACAAAGACCGAGUCAUCAUCCCAGUCAGAGGACAUGGAGAGAAUGGACAGGGAAGACUCUCCAGAACCUUCUACACCGUCAGACCACCAGCAGGACUUAGUCUCUGACUACAGCCCCAGCGGCAGCAACAGACACUUACGGGACGCGGCACGUGACGUUUACAAAUUAGCCUACAUAUCGUAGCCAGCCUGGCUAACAAGUAGUCUCUCGUGCAGUGAGAGAUUUGGUUCUGGUUGCUGAGAUUGGGCUCACAGCCGAGUGAAAGAGGUGGGUUUCCUCUCUCCAACCUCACAGACAGAGGAGAGCUGGGAAACGGCUUCUCAGGGCGACAUUAUAAUCGAGCCCAGGAGGUAUUCAUUCAAAGGACGUUUUUGCAAAUCAAAUAAUUUUUGUAAUGAUUCUCAUUCUUCUUGCUAGAGGUGGAUCUUCGUGUUUUUAGGAGAUUGCUCCUUAUUGCUCCUGACUCCAAGGUAUUGGGUUUGAUUUUUUUUUUCCUCAUUGCUUUGUGUUAGUCGCUCCUGAAUCGUGUGAAUAGUCAAAUGAACGCUUAAGGAGUUGACGUGGUUUAAAUAGAGGUGGAAGGCCUGAGGAAUGGAUAAGGUUUUAUAUAAACAGGGGUUAUUACAUCUCACUGUAGUAUUCAGCUAUUAGGAGCCCUAGGUGUAAUUAAAUUAUAACCAGUGGCUGUAUUAUCUCAAGGCAAGGCCACUCUCCUCUGCCAACUGAAUAUGAUUAUCUACCCUGCUGCCCAAUGACAUGGAUUAUACAUAGUGUACAAAACACCUGCUCUUUCCAUGACGUAGACUGGCCAGGUGAAUCCAGGUGAAAUCUAUGAUCCCUUAUUGAUGUCAC